AUGAGGCUGACAAGAGCUUUUGCUCUGCUCUCUGCCGUAUCGGUAGCUAGUAGCUUAUCUGCAGGGAACCAGAAUCCAAGACAACCUCCAAGGUCUGAGCGGCGAAGAGGAUCCCCUUUUGCUGCCAGUGAUCCCAAUGCAAUAUCCUCGGCAUCGAGAAGAGCAUCUCGAGCGACAACAGACGUCUUUGCCGACGUUUCUCCUGCAAAUGAUAGACGGAAACAAAAAGCUCGAAAACGGGUAGCUCCACGGCCUCCUUUGGUUGAUUCAGCAUUGCUGAGAUUUCUGUCCAAGCAGAAGCUUAUAAGGGAGAAAGGCAACGAAGUUCAGCCACAGAGUCCUGCAGUUCCUCCUUUAUCCUCGCCACAAGAAAGUAGGAACACUAGUCAGCAGAAAGUUAGAGCUGAUGAGCCGGAGACAAUACCACAGAAUCCACUACGAGCCGAAGAGAAAUUAGUUGCCGACCCAACUUAUUCCCAAAUUGAGACAGAGCUAGCAGCUAAGCUGGUAGAAGCUCAGGAACAAGCUCAAAUGGAUGCCUUAACGAAAGCAGAUGAUACUCUGGACCAAUGGAUGGGACAGUUCAACAAAAACCGAAUAGCCAAAGUUCUGAUGGCCACGGGUCAAGGAGUGGAUGAACAACUGGCCAUGGAAGCAGGAGAUUGUGUACAACGACAUGUAUUGGCUCGAACCGCACGGCGUCGAGUUCGGGAGUUUCUCAAGGAGAGAGAUACCAUGUGGGUUAAUGGCUUGGAUAAGGAUGGAGGCGACACCAGAAACAAAUCUGUCAGCAAGGCAACGACAAAUGGCAGCAGGACCACUACAAGGCAACAACCAGAUUACGGAUUCACUGACGUGGUAGAUCUCCUGCUGGAAAACGGACUGAAUGCCAAAGAUAUCGCGACAAUCCUUACGCAUACACCGAGUGUUGCUCUGAUGAGACCAAAGCGAGGAGAAGAGGAAUUGGGAGGAGAAACCCUUGAAGAAACAGUUCAGAGGGCGCUGUCGGGUUUGCUCUGCACUACGCUCAAACUGCGACGAUAUGAUGCGCGAAAGGUGCUACGGAACUCUCCUGGACUUCUCACCAAGAGAGGUUCCACGUCAGCUCAGCAAGUCGUUGCAGCCAUGGCCAAGGUGGGGGUCUCUACAUCGUCUAUUGCACGAGAUAAGAAUGCUUUGCCAGGACUCUUGUCAAGGCCUCCCGCAGCUCUCUUUCGUCUGAUGGCAUUUCUUAGCAGUGACGCUAUUCGAAUGCCCAUAAGCCAAAUAGGCCCUCUGAUUCGAAGAAAGGUCGCAUUGGAGCUUUUGGAUGCAGUUGUACAUGUUCCUCGAUUCGACGUCGAGAACAAUGCAACCGCCGCAGCAUUUUCCCCGGGACAGGCGAGGGCCGCAUCGGAUUCCAAGAUAUUACCCGCAUUUAUUGGUCGUUCCAUGGAAGAACGGAAAAAACUCAUCGACAACACCUACGACAAAAUGUCGACGACAGCAUGGACGCUGCGGAAUGAAAUUGGAACUUCGGACCUGGGGAAAGUCAUUGCAGCAUAUCCAGGUGUGCUUCUCUUGGAUGCCUCUGAGCAGAUCCUUCCAGUUGCCUCGUAUCUGAUGAAGGAGUUAGGUAUCUGGGAAGAUGACCUGGCCCGAGUGCUACAACUGUAUCCUACUUUGCUCGGAAUGCCCAUUUCAGAGAUGAAAGAAGUUGUUUCAUUCAUUCUUGUCCAAGGGGUUGAAGAAGAGAAUCUGCCAACCAUUUUCAGAUCAUUUCCCGCCCUGCUCACCUUGAAUAUUGAACGGGAUAUGACACCCGUUGCCAGCUUCUUGGGGUCAAUUGGCAUCAAGAAUGUAGGUCGCUUCAUUUCGAGAUUGCCACCCAUUUUAGGAUAUUCUGUGGAACGAGACUUGAUCCCAAAGUGGGAAAUAGUGCGAGACAUAUACACAUACCCAAGCUUUGAGCUUUCCAAGUUCCCUGCUUUCUUUUCGUAUCCAUUGGAUCGAAUUAAGGCGAGAUUUGAGUAUCUUCGCGACGUGAAGCGGCUGCCCAUCUCCUUGAUCGCUCCAGACUUGGUGCUACGUUACGGCGACAAGGACUUUGCGGUAAAGGUUGCUGGUGACGGAGACGAAGGUCAAGCCUAUGCGGACUUUGUUGAACAGAAGCGACAAGAAAACCAGGGACCUCGAAGAGGAAAGCGGAGAAGAAGAAAUUUGCCACGAAAGACGACAACAUCCAAGAGAAAGAUGACGCAAUAG